AUGUCGCAUAGUAGCUGGAAAAAAAUUAAAAGAAGUGGUACAUUUUACAGAAAACUUAAAAGUAAAUAUCAUGAAAUCGUAAGUGACCCACAGAUAGAAAGCACUAAUGGCUCUAACAAUCAUUCAGAGACCUUGGAGAUUAGCAAUCCAAAUGACCAUAUAAUUAAUUGCGUUUCUCAUCAGACAAUAGCACUGAACGAUGUUGACCGGGAAGCUGAAAUAGAAAAUUGGAUUACCGAAUUAGAUUCUGAUCCCGGCGAUGAACAACAUUCUGCAAGCAGUUUGUGCGAGAUAGAAAAAAAUGCAAAGCUAAGAGAAGACAUUCGGUCAUGGGCAGUAUCAAAUAAUAUUCCCCAUUUAUCCCAAAAGAAGCUUUUUGCUAUAAUUAAUGAACGCAUACCAAGUGGUAUGUGAAUAACAAUAAACAAACACCAACUAUUUUAGGUUAGGAAAACUGGAGGGAAAACUUGCUUUGUAUAGGCC